GGCAAGCUGACUGCGUGACAUGUCAUUGACUUAUUGGGUCUUCAGAGGUGGAGGACUUGCUUUUCACCAGCCCGCCUGGCUGUCUCAUUUCUCGCCUUUUUUCGGGUUCUCCGUCGGCAGAGGAUCAGGUCAACUGCGCGACAACGCCGGGACGAUGCAGCAAUGUCCCAGUUGUACUACAAGAAGACUGACAACUCUUCGUACAGCGACCGCAUCCCCCUCCAUGUCGUGCGGGCAGAGUCCGAGCUCUCGGCUCUGGAGAGGGUCUACCUCGGGGCGGUGGAGAAAGGAGACUAUGCCACCGUGAAGGAAGCCCUGGAGGACGCCAAAAUCUAUUUCCGCAUCAACAUUGACUGCGUGGACUCGCUGGGACGCACGGCCCUGCUCAUCGCCAUCGAAAACGAGAAUCUUGAGAUCCUGGAGCUGCUCCUCAGCUACAACGUGCAUGUGGGCGACGCCCUGCUGCACGCCAUCCGCAAGGAGGUGGUCGGCGCCGUGGAGUUGCUGCUCAACCACAAGAAGCCUAGUGGUGAGAAACAGGUCCCACCAAUUCUGCUGGACAAACAGUUUUCAAACUUCACCCCAGACAUAACUCCCAUCAUCCUGGCAGCCCACACCAACAACUACGAGAUUAUCAAACUGCUGGUGCAGCGAGGCGUGUCCAUACCGCAGCCGCACGCCGUGCUGUGCAACUGCCUGGAGUGCGGGUACAGCUCGGACGUGGACGGCUUGCGCCACUCGCACUCCCGCCUCAACGUCUACAAGGCGCUGGCCAGCCCGUCUCUGAUCGCACUCUCCAGCGAGGACCCCUUCCUCACGGCCUUUCAGCUCAGCUGGGAGCUGAAGGAGCUCAGCAGGGUGGAGAACGAGUUCAAGUCCGAGUAUGAAGAGCUGUCGCAAUUGUGUGAGCAGUUUGCCAAGGCCCUACUGGACCAAACCAGGAGCUCCAAAGAGCUGGAAAUCAUCCUCAACUACCGUGACGACAUCAACCCCCUGCUGGAUGAGAACGGCAGCGAUCUGGCCAGGGUGAAGUUAGCUAUCAAAUACUCCCAGAAAGAGUUUGUCGCCCAGCCCAACUGUCAGCAGCUGCUGGCCUCCCGGUGGUAUGACGAGUUCCCGGGCUGGAGGAGGCGUCACUGGGCAAUGAAGCUCAUCACGUGCAUCCUCAUCGGGCUCCUCUUCCCGUUGCUCUCCAUCUUCUACAUGGUCUCCCCCAAGAGCCGCUACGGCCUACUGAUCCGCAAGCCCUUCAUCAAGUUCAUCUGUCACACCGCUUCCUACUUGACGUUCCUCUUGCUGCUCCUCUUGGCAUCGCAGCACAUUGCCAGCCCGCAGCACGACAUUCAGGGCCCGGCGCCCACCUGGGUGGAGUGGAUGAUCCUGCCUUGGAUACUUGGAUUCAUAUGGACAGAGAUCAAGCAGAUGUGGGAUAGCGGCUUGCAAGACUACAUCGAUGACUGGUGGAACAUAAUGGACUUCAUCAUGAACUCAUUGUAUCUUGCAACCAUUUCCCUGAAGAUUGUUGCCUAUGCAAAGUAUAACGGGCACAAACCCCGAAGCAGCUGGGAAAUGUGGCACCCGACCUUAAUAGCUGAAGCGCUGUUCGCCAUCGCCAACAUCUUCAGCUCCCUGCGCCUCAUUUGCCUUUUCACCGCCAACUCCCACCUGGGCCCCCUGCAGAUCUCGCUUGGCCGCAUGCUUCUUGACAUCCUCAAGUUCCUCUUCAUCUACUGCCUCGUACUGCUUGCUUUCGCCAACGGCCUCAACCAACUCUACUUUUACUACUUAACAGACGAAGGUAGCGAAUGCAAGGGUAUCCGCUGUAGUAGGCAAAACAACGCUUUCUCAACGUUAUUUGAGACACUGCAGUCAUUAUUUUGGUCUAUCUUUGGCCUGAUUUCCCUCUACGUGACGCGAGUGAAGCCGGACCAUAGGUUCACAGAGUUUGUCGGAACCACCAUGUUCGGCACGUACAACAUCAUCUCUUUGGUAGUGCUGCUCAACAUGCUCAUCGCAAUGAUGAACAACUCCUACCAGCACAUUGCAGAUCACGCAGAUAUCGAGUGGAAAUUUGCCAGAACUAAACUAUGGAUGAGCUACUUUGAAGAGGGAGGGACUUUGCCAUCGCCGUUCAAUAUAAUACCAAGUCCUAAAUCCUUUUAUUACCUGACAGAUUGGAUAAAAGCACAAUUGUUUAGAAGGCCAAGCCUAAAAAGACUUGAAACCUUCGAAAGUUUAGGGAGACGAGCAGCAGACAACGUCCGACUAAACCAUAGGUAUCAGGAGGUUUUGAGAAACCUAGUUAAAAGAUAUGUAGCUGCGAUGAUCAGAGACGCAAAGACGGAAGCUGGGUUGACUGAGGAGAACUUCAAGGAGCUCAAGCAGGACAUCUCCAGUUUCCGCUAUGAGGUGCUGGGAAUGAUGAAGGGCAAAUACCACGGCCAAGGGUCCGGGAAAGUCGCAAGCUCCCCCUUUGCUUACCAGGGAAACGCCUUCAAGUAUUCCCCUAAAUAUUUCACGGACGAGUCGCAAAACAGACUGGAGGUGUUUGACAUGACCACCAGCAGGCCUGGCGGAGCUGCAAACGUCUGCAACAGUCCGACCGUUAGUUCCGUUGUCCCGGCUGCGAUUGUCAAAAGCCACAAUGAGCUGUUUGAUGACGCCGGGAUCCUGAAGAGAGACGCAGGACAGUCCUCUCAGAACUGCGAUGAAACUCAUUUACUCUCAGAGAAGGGCUCAAAGAAGGGAUCAAAGAAUGCGAAAGCUGGUGGACGAUGCCAAGAGAUUCAAAGUCCGAUAGUGAUAGUGGAAGUCGCAGAUGAAGCGGGGGACGCUCAUUCAUGCAGGCAGGGCACCAAGGAAAAAAAUGACCGAAAAAGAUACACACAUUAAUCUAAUACAAUUAGUAGACGCUGUUUGUUAUUCUUUGUGGUCAUUUAUUAAAUAGAGAGACUCUUUUCAUACUGUGGUCCAGUUAAUUUACAGAUUAAUUUCAACCUGUAUCUAUCCGGUCUAGUUUAUGAAUAAUUAGGUCAAUGCAUAUUUCAUGCAUCCUCUCAUGAUUGACAGGGAAUGCUGACUUACGGACAGUCAUCAACAAAUAUUGUAUCCAAGUUUCCAUUAAGUUUUUCUCAGAAUUCCACAAAAAAAUUGGACCAUUUUCGGGCAACACACUUACGUUUUAAAGAGGUUAUGUGAUUGAUGAAUUAUACUUAGACGGUUCAUUAUUUACCCCAAGUAACCUCAAAGGAUUUAUUUUGUACACAUUUUAUAUCAUUACUCUUAGCACAACAUCCCACUAAAUUAUUCAGACAUUUAUUCUUUGCUUGUAGCUCAUAAAUAAAUGUUUAUGCAACUGGAACAAAGAAAAUGCAGUUAUUGUAAAGUUUCAUUCCAGCUGUCCAGAAGAGUUAUAUGUAUAAAAAGUGUGCACAGACGAAUACGGCUUUGUUUGAAUAGAUUACGAGAGUCGUAGUGUAUUGCUAAAUGGUUACCCUACUAGUUUAUCUUUUUUAUUCUCUGUAGGAAUUGACCUGAUUGAAAUUAUAAAUGACUGAUGUGGAGUCUGCUCAAAAGUUUACAUACCUACCAUACUUUUGACCCAGCAGAUUUGGUCACAUUUUCAGUAGACCCAUUAAAAAUUCAUAUAGAACCAAACUUCAUAAAUGUUUUUGUGACAAACAAGUAUGUGCUGUAAUCACUCUAUUAAAAAAAAUAAAAAUAAGAGUCGUAGAAAUUAUAAGAAACUCAAGCCAGCCACGAGAAUAUGUCCUUCACAAGUACAUAAUCUUUUGACCACGACUGUAUAUUGAUUGUUCUGAGAUAUCUUUAUUUAACAUAACCGUAUAGUUUCCCUUACAAUCAGUUGAUGAUGUACAUUUCUUCACAAUAUCGUUAUUUUCUCCUCCAUCACUUCAAUGAGGAAUUUUGAACUAAGAUUGCGGUAUGUCCGUGACGUGACGUGCGGUUUACGACCGGUGAGGCAUUAAUGCCCUCAGAGUUUGUUGUUUUUUACUUAAAUUCAUAAGCUCUAAUCACUUUUAAUGUAGGUUUUUAAUUGAGAAAACAAAAAAAGGGAGUAAAUAACUGUCAUAAACAUGUUAUCAAUUAUUUUCUGGUUCCAUUUCAUUGCUUUGAUGAGUCUUUGAUGGGUCUUAAAAUACAGGAACAAUUCUAAUUCCUGUAUUCGAUUAGUUAUCUCCUUGUCUAAUUUGUGUGCGAUUCAAUCUGUAUGUGUGUUCCAUUUAUGGGCAUUAAUCUAACAUGAAGUGGUUCUCGUGUUUAUCUGCUUGACUGCUUACUCGUCCUGUUUACUGGGAGGGAUAAACUUUGGGAGGGAUAAACUUCCGGUUAAUAGUUUAUUACUGAUAGAGAAAAACUGUACACAAAACAAUCCUGCUUUCAUCAGACGCUUCACUUACAGGAAGGUAUGAACGCAAUUCUUGGCCUGUGGACACAACUUUUGCUGACGAACCACAACAUUUAAUCGUCCCAAUAAAUUGCUGCGAUCAAUUGAAUGCCCUGAGAUUGCGUGCGCACCUGGGUUUCCUGCUUGCCACCUGGUUUUGAAGACCUGUUUGUAUUUAUUCUGUAACCACCUCCUAGAAUUGUGCAUUUUGUAUGUGUCAUAUAAAAAAUUAUUGAAGCAGUUAUGUUUUGCAUUGUGGUACCUUACUGCACCGGAAAUAAACCGAACCAUUACCCUAAAACCGAGGUAUGUACGUACCAGAAGACCAACAUGGGGAUCUUUUUCUAUGUCUCUGAUGAUCAGCAUAUUUACAAGAAACAAAGCACUUUUAAAUACAGUAAAUUAAAACAUGACCAACUGGAAAAGCCCUUAUAGAGGGCAGACCUCACCAGGGCUGACCUCCUGAUAGUUAAACAGUCCUGAAUCCAAAUUGUGUUCCAGAUCAGCCACAAAAUCUGACAUUUUCUGCAAGUUGAAUCCAAAUACGGCCACUACCGUUUGAGUUUAUCUGACAUUUUCUGCAAGUUGAAUCCAAAUACGGCCACUACCGUUUGAGUUAUCUACAGUUGUGGUCAAAAGUUUACAUACAUUUGUAAAUAACAUAAUGUCAUGGCUCACUUGAGUUUCCAAUAAUUUCUACAACUCUUAUUUUUUUUGUGGUAGAGUGAUUGGAGCACAUACUUGUUGGUCACAAAAAACAUUCAUGAAGUUUGCUUCUUUUAUGAAUUUAUUAUGGGUCUACUGAAAAUAUGAUCAAAUCUACUUGGUCAAAAGUAUACAUACAGCAAUGUUAAUUUUUGCUUACAUGUCCCUGGGCAAGUUUCACUGCAAUAAGGUGCUUUUGGUAGCCAUCCACAAGCUUCUAGCACGCUUCUUGUGGAAUUUUUGACCACUCCUCUUGACCAAGUUGGUGCCAAACAGCUCAAUUUUUGUUUGCUCUGACAUCACAUGGACAGAGAUAAUAACUUCUUCUGGAGGAAAUUUCUGUGGUUAGAUGAAACAGAGAUUGAGAUGUUUGGCCAUAAUACCCAGCAAUAUGUUUGGAGGAAAAAAGGGGAGGCCUUUAAUCCCGGGAACACAAUCAAUCAAUAAAUCAAUCAAUCAAUGUUUAUUUAUAUAGCUCUAAAUCACAAAUGUCUCAAAGGACUGUACAAACCACUACGACUACGACAUCCUCGGAAGAACCCACAUAAGGGUGGGGAAAACUCACACCCAGUGGGCAAGGAGAAUUCACACCCAGUGGGAUGCCAGUGACAAUGCUGACUAUGAGAAACCUUGGAGAGGACCUCAAAUGUGGGCAACCCCCCCCUCCCUCUACGGGACCGAAAGCAAUUGAUGUCGAGCGGGUCUAACAUGAUACUCUGAAAGUUCAAUCCAUAGUGGCUCCAACACAGCCACGAGAGUUCAGUUCAAAGCGGAUCCAAGACAGCAGCGAGGGUCCCGUCCACAGGAAACCAUCCAAAGCGCAGUCGGAUCAGCAUCGAAGAGAUGUCCCCAACCGAUACACAGGUGAGCAGUCCAUCCUGGGUCGCGACGAGCGGUCCAUUCUGGGUCCCGACUCUGGACAGCCAGUACUUCAUCCAUGGUCAUCGGACCGGACCCCCUCCACAAGGGAGGGGGGACAGAGGAGAAAAAGGAAAUAAGCGGCAGAUCAACUGGUCUAAAAAGGAGGUCUAUUUAAAGGCCAGAGUAUACCAAUGAGUUUUAAGGUGAGACUUAAAUGCUUCUACUGAGGUAGCAUCUCGAACUGUUACCGGGAGGGCAUUCCAGAGUACUGGAGCCCGAACGGAAAAAACGCUCUAUAGCUCGCAGACUUUUUUUGGGCUUUAGGAAUAACUAAUAAGCAGGAGUCUUUUGAACGCAGAUUUCUUGCCGGGACAUAUGGUACAAUACAAUCGGCAAGAUAGGAGGUCUACUGUCAAGCAUGGUGGUGGUAGUAUUAUGCUCUGGGUCUGUUUUUCUGUGAAUGGAAAUGGUGCUUUACAGAGAGUAAAUGGGACAAUGAAAAAGGAGGAUUACCUCCAAAUUCUUCAGGACAAACUAAAAUCAUCAGCCUGGAGGUUGGGUCUUGGGCACAGUUCGGUGUUCCAACAGGACAAUGACCCCAAACACACGUCAAAAGUGGUAAAAGAAUGGCUAAAUCAGGUUAGAAGUAAGGUUUUAGAAUGGCAUUCCCAAAAGUCCUGACUCAAAUGUGUGGACAAUGCUGAGGAAACAAGUCCAUGUCAGAAAACCAACACAUUUAGCUGAACUGCACCCAUUUUGUCAAGAGGAGUGGUCAAAAAGUCAAACAGAAGCUUGCCAGAGGCUACUUAAAGCGCCUUAUUGCAGUAUUGCAAUAUUAACCUUGCUGUAUGUAUACUUUUGAUCCAGCAGAUUUGGUCACAUUUUCAGUAGAUCCAUAAUAAAUUCAUAAAAGUACCAAACUUCAUGAGAGACAACAACAGAACAACAUCAGCAGAUAUGUACAAAUAUGAUAUGAAAAGUGAUAGCAAAGAAGCAUUAGUAAAGUAAACAUUAAUAACACAGAAAUGACAAUGAAUAUUAUUACACUACAAAUGGUGCAAUAAAGAUACCAAUAUAAAGAGCACUAUUGAUAAUGAAUAAUAACAAUAAUUACCUCUCUUACCAACAAUACAAUUGUUUGAAAUGCAACAAUACAUAUAUGUAAUAACUUGAAAUACAAAAGAAAGCAGAUAAAUGGAAGGUAAAAAAGAGAACCAAACUUUAUUAACCUUGUAGAUUGUUAUAGUAACCAUAUGUUAAGCUUUGUCAGUGAGCCGUGUGUUACCAAUUUCCCCGAGAGCAACAACGUCAAUAUAUGUUUGAUGAAACGUGAUUAUAUGCAUGAAUGUAUGUAUGUUUAUACGUACAGUAUGUGUAUACGGAAGUUUGUACCGUGACUGUGCAUGUGGAUGUAUGUACCAUGUGUAAUAUAUAUUUUCACCACUUGUGGCAGUAAUGACAAUCUAAAUCAAACAAAAUAAUUCUGGGGUUAAAGUCAUAGAAGUUUCUAUGGCGCAAAAACCUAUGAUUAAGUGCUGAAGCUACGUUUUCAUUAUUAUUUUAGUUUAUUUUAGCACAACAAAUUGUAUACACAUUUAUUUUUUUAUCAACUAUUAUCAGUUCCAUCUUAUGCAGUAUAUUUGGUUAGUACUUAUUUUCUAAUCAGCCUGACCUAAAGCAAUGGUUUAUAAGCCUAUGGUCUGUAUACUAAGAUGGCUAACUUGGUGAUAAUAUUUGAGUGGGCCCCUCUGAAGUGGAAGAGUUGGGCCCUUGGGUCAGAAAGGUUAAGAACCUCUGCUAUAUAGAACGACAAAUGAUCAUUAUCACUAAUCAUGUGAUCUUCAUGUUUAAAUAUUGUACACAAAACCCA